CACAAUGCACUUGUCAUUACCUAACAUGUCCAGCACUAGCUCUGCUGUCAAACAGAUGCAGCUUCGUGUGCACCUCAAACCAACAAGUUUAUUUCUAACGCUGUACCUGGUGUGGGCUGGCUUUCAUUUCGCUGGCGCAAUGGCGCGCCAUAUUCUCCGCAUGCUGACCCCGGUAGCCACACUCCAGUACUUGAGGCCCACUAUGAACAUUGGCCGACUCCUAAAUGUCACUUCACCAAUUUUACUAGCCUGAUCCUGCUGUCCAUCCUUCAGCAGCGUCCACCGUGGUAGCAGCAUCCAUGUCUGGGUUCAAUCUUCUGCAUUUGGUGACCAAAAACCAACCUGUUAAACUCAAGGCCUGCGGGCUUCCCUCAGGGACAUGCCGCACCAAGACGACCUGGCCCAAAAUCUUCUCUCAGGAAGAGCUGAAGAAGCGCUUGACACCUAUGCAGUACCAUGUUACUCAGGAAAAAGGCACAGAGAGUGCCUUCAGGGGAGACUACACGGACCACAAAGAUGAAGGAACAUACAUGUGUGUUGUCUGCGGCACCCCUCUGUUUACGUCAGAUAAGAAAUUUGAUUCUGGCUCAGGAUGGCCAUCAUUUUUUGAUCUGAUCAAAGAGGAUUCAAUAUCACUGACUGAUGACUUCUCUUAUGGCAUGCACAGAGUGGAGGCUAGCUGCAGUCAGUGUGGUGCUCACCUUGGACACCUCUUUGACGAUGGCCCUCGGCCUACUGGGAAACGCUACUGCAUAAACUCCGCCUCGCUCAACUUUCAGCCAAAAAACGCUGCUUCUGAAGAGGCAGAACCAAGUGGUGCCACAGGCCAAUCACCAUCUUCUAGUAAAAGUGAGCUUUGAGGGGAAAUUCACUAGACCAGUGAAGUAUAAGAACAAUUAUGUUUAUCUUUAGAGUUCACUCCCGGAUGACCAGAUUCAGGUCAAGCCUGAUGCAUUACAGGUGAAGCCUAGCAAUAAGCCUGGUAUGUCCUCCACCAACCAGAAAGCUUUUCAGUAGCAGUCUUUAAACAGCGUAAUUUCAAUGGCCUUGACUGAUAUGCUCUACUAGUCAGUCACCCAUAAAAGUUCCCCUAUAAUAGAGAUGCAUGUUAUCUGAAAUGUCUCUCCUGGAAGUCUGCUGUAUGCUACUGCUUUUCACAAUCUACCAGUGGAUUUGAUAGAGCAAGACUAUGAACUGUGAGAUUUGUCUUCUCAAAAAUAUAGUGGAACAUUGUUGUUUGGAAAUGAACUAUAUAUAUAUAUAUAUAAAAUGUACUUUCAGAGAGCGAUGUGUUGUUUUUGAAGUGAUAUUUGAUAUCAGGAGGUCGUGGGUUUAAGGAAAAUGCUAUGCAAAGUGCUCCUGUGAGCGGUAAAAUAAACACCAAGUAGAGAACAAAGCAUUCUUUCAAAUAAAAUGGAACAUAUGACAAAUGUUUAGUCUGAACACAAAUGUAGCCUGACUUUUAAGGGUGGGUUUUUGUCUUCCUGCUUGUGGUGCCUCUUUUACUUCAUGCCUUGACUAUUUUUGGGGGGUUUUCAUUCACAGACAGUGUUGACAAUUGUGAUUAAACUAUUACUGAAUCCUA